AUGUAUGUGAAAUGGUUUGAUACAGUAAUGUAAUAUUAUCAGAUUUUAGUGUAUUGAGUGAAUGUUGAAUUUUUACAUUUUUGAAAUUCCCGCCGGUUCUGUCCGCCUAUGUCCCGUACGUCCCGACGCUCACAGGGAACGGAACCUGGAAGACGUGGCCGGAGACACUGCAGGGAGGAUAUUGCGGGACUUCAGGACAAGGUAAGUGCUCGAGGGAUCACAGAAAAACGCUGAAGGGUAAUCCUGAGUGUAGCUCAGGGUAACCACUUCUGCUACACUCGGGUAUACCGCCAGGGGGGUUAC